CCGCACGCACAAGGUCCGUCACGUGUUCCAUCAUCCUCUUCCUACCGGCGAAUCUAUCCAACAGUAAAGCGCAUGACGCCGUACCGAAUGCGUUUUGUGGUAGACGUCGAAGAGAUAAAUACAUUUACAUUACGUUACACACAAAUACAACCGGUCGUCUUGUGUCGCGGGAUGCAUCGCGCAUUUUUGUCUGCAAGAAGCAGUCAUUUACCUAGUUGUUCCUCUACCUGGCCUACCUCACCAAAGGAGAACGUAACCGUCUAAGAGAAAUCGUAUACAUCUGUGACGAUGGCUACCAAAUGUACAGCAGUGCUUCCGUCGACCGCGGACGAGGAGUAUCACGACUUAACAGACAAGGAGCGAACCUUCACCGAUGAUUUGAACCUGGCACGUGAAAAAUUGGUGAAAAACAUGGAGAUUCUCGGUGUGAAAUUCGCGCCCUUAAACAUACCUCUGGAAAGAAGACUGCAGACCUUGGCGGUCGCGAUAUGGGUUUUUAUCACCCCUUUCGGGGAUUUUUUGGGAUUCAUCGCCACGGCAUAUCUGCUACUCUACACGCAAACGAUACGUUACUUCGUCCUACUGUAUUUCCUCUGGAUGUAUUACGAUUGGGACACCUGCGAUCGCGGUGGCAGAAGUGACUGGUGUACAAAUAUAGUGAGAAAGAACGCGUUUUGGCGUUACUUUUGCAAUUAUUUUCCCUUGAAGUUAGUAAAAACGGUCGAUCUGGAUCCGACAAAGUCUUAUCUUUUCAUAUCGGUACCUCAUGGAAUUUUAUCAAUGGGCGUGGUGGGUUCUUUUGGAACCGACGCGCUAGAUUGUAAGAAAUUAUUUCCCGGAUUAGAAAUACGUCUAAUUACUCUCGAUCAACACUUCAAAGUACCUCUAUUCAGAGAAUAUCCUUAUUCCUUAGGUUGCUGCGCUGCUAAUGCGAAAAGUGUCGAGUAUUUAUUAUCGGCACCGCCAAAGAGUCCACAUACCGGAAGAGCUACGGUACUUAUUGUCGGCGGUGCUUCUGAAUCCAUGGAAUCGACACCAGGCACUUACCGUACCAUUGUGAAAAGGAGGAAAGGCUUCGUAAAAUUAGCGUUGAAACAUGGCACGACGUUAGUUCCCGUUUUCUCCUUUGGGGAAACGGAUUUAUACGAUCAAGUAUACGGUCCGGAAGGAUCGACUUUAAGACGUAUCCAGCAUCGCAUUCGCAAUUUAAUAGGACUGGCACCUAUCAUUUUUUCGGGUAGAGGAUUCUUCCAGUAUUCGUUUGGUCUCAUUCCGAAUCGAUUACCUGUCACCGUAGUCGUUGGCAGUCCUCUCGAGUUACCGAAAAUAGAAAAACCUACAGCUGAGCAGAUCGAUGAGUACCACAAAAAAUUUAUGAACAACUUAAUUGAGCUCUUUGAAACGCAAAAGCACAAUUAUAUAAAAGAUGCGGAUAAGGCUACUCUCGAAACCUAUGAUUAACCUAGCUAUUAUGCGUUCAAUUGAAUAUGAUAUCAUCUUAAAUUACUUUAUUGCUUUAUUGAGAUUUUCUGGGACUAAUUGUCAUUUUUCUUAAAAAGUUGAAAGAUAAAAAGAAGGUGUUAGAUAUAUGUGUAUUUAAUGUAAUUUAAUGUACAUUUAUUCGAUUCAAUUUAAAUAUAAAAAUUUAAAAAAAAUAGUGAUAAAAGUAAAGCUAAAAAUAUCAAGUUAAAACUUAAGAAUAUACGCAAGACAAUUUACUGAUUACUCACAUGAUUCUUGUAUUAUAUACUUAUCGAAUAUUUAUG